AACUGGUUUAACAGUUACAAUACAUGGCUUCAAGUCUUUUUUUUUUCUCAUGUAGAUCACAGUUUUUCGAAUGGGUUCAGAGGGACAACAAGAUAUUGAAAUGGCCAUUCUUACUGCCUUGUUAAAAGGCACGAAUGCUUCAGCAGCUGACCAGCUCAGUUUGGCUCUGGCCUGGAACAGAGUGGAUAUUGCUCGCAAUCACAUCUUUGUUUAUGGACACAAUUUACCACCCGCCGGCGCCAUUGCCAGCACUACGACCGCUGCAGCCCCAGCACAGGAGAAGCAAAAGAGCCCUGCCACCGCCCCUCGCAACAAAACCCGUGCAAAAAAGGGGAAAGGGAAGGGAAAGGCAAAGCCUGAACCUCCAGAGGAAACAGACCCGAGGAAGUUGGAGUUGAUUCGUUGGGUGAACUCUCUGGAGCAGGCUAUGAUGGAUGCGCUGGUGUUGGACAGGGUGGACUUUGUGAAACUGCUCCUUGAGAACGGGGUGAAUAUUCACCACUUCCUCACCAUUCCCAGACUGGAGGAGUUAUACAACACGAAACUCGGCCCUACUAAUUCACUGAAUGCUGUGGUUAGGGACGUCAAAAAGGGAAACCUUCCUCCAGAUUAUCAGAUCACUUUAAUUGAUAUUGGUCUGGUGCUGGAGUGCUUCAUGGGUGGAGCUUACAGGAGCAAUUACACCAGGAAGGCUUUCCGCAACCUCUACAAUAAUUUGUACGGACUAAAAAGGCCGAAAGCCCUGAAGCUUCUAGGAAUGGAGGAUGAUGAACCGAGGCCAAAAGGCAAGAAGAAGCCAAAAAAGAAGAAAGAGGAAGAGGUGGAAAUUGAUGUGGAUGACCCCGAGGUGUGCCGGUUCAAGUACCCCUUCCAUGAGCUGAUGCUGUGGGCGGUGUUGAUGAAGCGCCAGAAGAUGGCGCUGUUCCUCUGGCAGCGGGGAGAAGAAGCCAUGGCGAAAGCCCUGGUGGCCUGUAAACUGUAUAAAGCCAUGGCCCAUGAGUGCUCUGAGAGUGAACUGGUGGAUGACAUCUCCCAAGACCUGGAGAACAACUCCAAAGAAUUUGGCCAGCUGGCCUACGAGCUGUUGGACCAGUCUUACAAGCAUGACGAACAGGUGGCCAUGAAACUCCUAACAUAUGAGCUGGUCAACUGGAGUAACUCCACCUGUCUGAAGCUGGCUGUGGCUGCUAAGCAACGUGAUUUCAUUGCCCACACCUGUAGCCAGAUGUUGCUCACAGACAUGUGGAUGGGGAGCUUAAGGAUCGGCAAAAAUCCCGGCCUCAAGGUUAUUCUGGGAAUCAUCUUCCCUCCUCUGAUCCUACUGUUGGAUUUCCGUCUCGGAGAUGAUGCAUCCUAUCAUGCACCUGAGGGGAAAAAAGAGGGAAAAGAAAAGGAUGACGACACAAAAUCCAGCAAGGACGCUAAAGAUGACACCACAUCCCGAAAGGGGGAUGAAGAGGAGGGCAGCACUAAUGUCCGAAAAAUCCCCAUUGGCAGAAGGUUCUUUGAGUUCUAUGAUGCGCCGUUCACCAAAUUCUGGUUCAACACUAUUUGCUAUCUGGGCUAUUUGAUGUUGUACAACUACAUAAUCCUGGUGAAAAUGGAGCGAUGGCCAUCUAUACAAGAGUGGACUGUCAUUGCAUACAUCCUCACACUUGGCUCUGAAAAAGUCAGACAGAUUCUGAUGUCAGAGCCUGGAAAGCUGAAACAGAAGAUAAGUGUGUGGCUGGAGGAGUACUGGAACAUCACAGACCUGGCUGCCAUUUGUACGUUCCUUCUUGGGCUCAUGCUACGGCUGCAGCAUGAACCUUACAUGGGCUACGGCAGAGUCAUCUACUGCAUUGACAUCAUCUUCUGGUACAUUCGCGUAUUGGACAUCUUUGGUGUCAACAAAUACCUGGGACCCUAUGUGAUGAUGAUAGGGAAGAUGAUGAUAGAUAUGAUGUACUUUGUGGUGAUCAUGCUGGUGGUGCUUAUGAGCUUCGGGGUGGCUCGGCAAGCCAUCCUUCACCCUGAUGAGGAGCCGACAUGGCGCCUGGCCAGAAACAUUUUCUACAUGCCCUACUGGAUGAUCUAUGGAGAGGUUUUUGCAGACUCGAUAGACCGUAAGACUAGAAUUCAUAGUAAGAUUCUGUUUCCUGAUUCUGGGCAGAUGAUCAGUGUUACAUUAAUUCUGUGAU